AUGCCGCUCAACCCCUCGCACGCGCAAGAAUUAUUUGAACGAUGGGGGUUGGACUUUGUCGAACCACUCAAAGUCAGCCAUGCUAGGCAGUGCAGAUACAUCGUGGUAGCCACAAAAUAUUUGACUAAGUGGGCGGAAGCACGAGCCCUACCCGAUAACUCGACGGUGAGUACAACCAGAUUUAUUUAUGAGCAAAUCAUUACUCGUUAUGAUAUCCCCAUGCAACUGACGAGUGACCGAGGUGGCCAUUUUGUCAACCAUGUUAUUAAGUUUCUCACAACAAAAUUUAAGAUUUUCCAUUCUCUGUCAAGUCCUUACUACCCUCGAGCCAACGGGCAGGCAGAGGCCACGAACAAGAUCCUUGUAGGAGUCAUUUAUAAGUCGUAUGGGGUCGAAGGGGAAGAUUGGGAAGAGAAGUUACCCUCCGUGUUAUGGGCUUACCGCACGACGUACAAAGUGACUACAGGACAAACACCCUUCCAAAUUAUGUAUGGGCAGGGAGCAGUGGUGCCCGCCAAAUUCAUGGUACCGAGUCUUCGUAUUGCAAUAGAAAAUAGACUCGGCGAUAUGGAGAGCCUGAGGGAGCGACUUUAUGUUCUGAAUAAACUUGAUGGGAAGUGGAUGAUGGCUCAGUGGGCAACCGAGACAAUGCAGCAAAGGAGGAAUUUGUGGCACGAUAAGCAUCUAAAGCGAAUGAAGUUCACCCCAGGACAACUCGUGUUGAAAUAUAAUGGGCGAAAUGAAAUUAAACCUGAAAAAUUUAAAGUGAGGUGGCUAGGACCUUACAAAGUUCGCGAAGUCGUAGCAAAUGGAUCGGUUUGA